UUCCCGCCCAAAAUAUUGGGCCGGGUCACUGCCUAAUGGGCCUAUCAUAUGGAGAGGUGGAAAAUGAGGCCUAAAGCUUACGCCGUAUGCCAGCCCCAAGGUUCUUCCGCUGUACGCUUCGGGGAAAGCUUACGCAGUACGCUCCCAAAAUUAUCUACAAAGCAUACACCAGAUUCUUUUCAGAUCUUCGCUGCUUCAACAUAGACGUGGCGGCUGCUGUCCUCUUCGACCGGUGUCCUCUUCAACAUAGACGUGGCGGGAAACGAUGACAAGGACCUCAAAUACGGCCGGGAUACCUCGAUAAUCGACGGGGAUAUGCACGGACUCCGGCAGAGUUGAACUUUUUUCAAGCAGGGACGGGAUGCACAGCAGCGGCGUCCGGUUCGUGGUUCUGAAGAAAUCGGCGGAGGAGAAUCCGGCGGUGAUGAUCACACCGACUUGAUGGGCUUCUGGGGGAUUUUAUUGGAUGAACUGUGGAGGAUCGAGACUUUGGGAGCGGAGAUUGUUUUCACUUUUCAGAUUUCAAGGCCACAAGGACUAGGGCAUGGUUCAAUAGUGGUCAGGUUCUGCUAUUUCAUACAGCAAAUGCCACAAAAAGCCUGGCUUGCAGGACCAUGGUGGUGCCACCCAUCUUCCCCAUAUGUUUGACAUUAUUAAGAAUUUCUUCCUGGAGAAUGAGAAGGGGUAGGAUAUUAUUUACAUGGGUAAUGAUUUUAUUCUUUCUCAGUUUUUUCCGUGCUUUCUUGAUUCAAUUGGGCCUUUCACCCUAACUUAUUACUUUUAUUGGCUCCUCACUUCUUAUUCUGAAUUUAAAUCUUCAGACUUAAGGGUCAUGCAUUAUUUUAGAAAAAAUUCUUAAAAUGAUCCAUUCUAAUGAAAUACUUUCCCGAAA